UGCAGCUGCUGCGACCUGGCGGCAAGUUCGGAUACAUUUCGCGUUUACCUGUCAAUGGUGUAGUGUUUGUUGUCAAGUGCUACAGGUUUAAACCAUCGGGCUGUAGUGCUCUCGUAUCAUCGCGUUUGUUUACAUGAGGAGCAUUCUUUUUGCCGGGCCCUUCCGAAGAUUGAUUUGCAAUGAGGCAUCAAUCAAAAGUUCAUUGAAAUGCUGAAUAGCCAUCCGCUGAAUUCCGAGAAGAAACAUAACGUAUCCAUUAACGUAGAGAGGAGAUCGCGACACUGCGACGGCGGCGGUGGGCGGUAGGCGUGGCUGACUACUGCUCGGCGACCACACCCCGCUCUGGACUAACGAGAUGCGUUGCCACUGGUUGCGCUGCUGAAGGCGUGCUGAUGUCGGACCGCUCGCCAUGACAGUUCACUGGUGGAUGCAUUGGUUCUGGAUCACAACUGUGGUGGCAGCCCUGCUGCUGGUGCCGCUGGCGGCCGGUCACCCCACGACCGGCCCCACGUCGCCGCCGUCGGCCGCAGGGGGGCGCUCGGCGCACGCCGGCCCGCGCGACUGGCACUCCUGGCCGCCGCCCUACGAGGACGAAGAGGACGACGAGGACGGCUUCCUGGGGCCGCGCGCGCUGCCGCUCGAGGGCCGCCCGCCCGACGAACCGCCGGAGGAGCUGGUGCCGCAAGACGCAGACGUGGACGGCGAGAUCCUCGCCGAAUACGCUCGCGAGGUGGCUGCUAGCCGCGCCGCCGCUCGCAACUCCGACGUACAUGAAGGGAACGGGGCACCCGGAGAGCAGCUCGCCUCCAAGGCUCUGACCACCAGGGAUGUACAGAAUGUUGCGCCGUCGGUGUCCAACUCCACAGUCGUCGACGCAGUUUCGUCUAGUCAGCCAAAUAAUUCGGGCAGUCGCGGUAACUCUAGUAGCGAUAGUGUGACGACUGGCGCGAGGGAGAGCAAGUCUUUCAGCUCUUCGGUGGCGCCAGUUUCUGUGGCACCUGUGAAGCCUCUGAAGGCGGAGACGGGGCAUAACAACGUGGAUACCGAGAGUAAGGCGGGCACCGCGCGGGACCGGCUGCCGACGUCAGCUCCGGUGGCGCCCGCGUCGGGGAGCAGCACUGCCGCCCCCGAGAGCGCCGAGCCGCAGGGCGGCGUCGCGACGGCCCGGGCCGAGGUCGCGCCGCAGGACAGCUCCGACGCGCCGCAGGCCGGCGGCGUAGCUGCCUCGGCGGAAGCCGGCAGCCCCCAGCCGGCAGAAGAGGACGCGUACGCCACGGCACCAGCGGAGACAGUGCCGGAGACGGGCCCGGACGCGUCCUCCGUGCCGCCGGAGGAAGAGAGCGGCUGGACGGCGUACGACGCCUCCGCGGCGGCGGCAGCGGCGGCCGACGACGACGUUGACGUGGUGGGCCAGCAGGAGGAGGCGGCGCCGCGGUCGCGCACGGCGGAGCGCGAGGCGGCCGACGAGGAGGAAGUCCCGGAGGCGGAGGCGGACGCGCCGGUGAGCCGCGGCCGAGUCGCGCCCGCCGCGCCGCCCACCGCCGCCAUGGACGCCGCCUCCAUCACCGGCAUCGCGCUCGGCAUCGUCGUCUUCUCCAGCCUCGUCGGAGCAGUAAGCUUCGUAAUGUACCGACGACGAUAUCUGAACAAGCCACAGACAUUGAAUGACAAGUGCAGUAAUCCUGAUUCAAGUGGUUACAUUGACGACAGUACACUACGGGUGAGUUCCAGCAAGGGUCACAGAGUUAUGACAUACAAGGAGAACUCGGAAGAAAUGUACAGUCUGGAUAAUGAUUCAUUUUUAAAUAGUCUUGAAGCAAUGACGAUACAAAAUUAUUGGACAGACAAUGUAAAACAUACUAAACUUUAGUAUUUGUCCUUUAAUUUGUGAGAAAAUUCCUAAUCCUAAUUUUAUUUGGUCAGAUUAGGCCCUUGUAUAAGAAACUCUAGUAAUUUGAUGACAUUUAUGUCUAGAUGAAGUCCAUAAAAGUUUUGCAGGUCAUGUAACAGCAGUAAUUAAAUGACCACUUAAAAACAAUUACCUUAUUUGUAGAAUUUCACUGCUGCCACAGAGUUAAAUUUGAUGCUACUUCUCUGCAAUGCAGGUAAUUUUCAGAUAACUGUAUAACAAUAUAUUAUGUUACUACUACUUACUUCUCAGAUAUCUCUUAACUUUUUGAAAGUGAAUAUGAAUGCAGUAAAUAAAAUUGCACUUUGUACUCUUUAUUCCAAACAGAAAAAAUGUAUCGUAUUUGAUGUACCUUCCUGCAACAAUCAGGUGCCCUUCUUGUAGUUACCUUCAAUUCAUUACACUCGAUCCAAGAUCUGUUAACACUUUUGUAGAAAUGAGGAAGUAUAAAAAGUAGUAAUAUAUUUUGAAGUAAUUCUGCAGCAAUAAAACUGUAUAUUAUGUAUAGUGUAACCUGUUGGUUGUAUGUUAUAGUAAAUGUUUCAGCAGAAGACUGUUAAAGUGGUUUAUUUUGUGUGUGUGUGUGUGUGUGUGUGUGUGUGUGUGUGUGUGUGUGUGUUUGUGUGUGUGCACAUUUUAGCAAAUAUGUGAAAAAUGGUAUCAAGUACAAUCUCUACAAAAGUUCAUUAGCAGUUCUAUGUAUGAAUGAAUACAGUUUCAAAAUAGUAGUUUUAGCAUCUGACUGUUAUACUUGUAUUUAAUCAGAUAUAUUUUAAAAAUGUAGUUGGAUAAAUUCAAAUUGUAGCUUCCAGCAUUACAUCAGCUGGUAAAGACAGAUUGUGAGCUAUUUACUCAAUAAUGUAAAAGCAAAUUUUAUGGUAUUUUGCUAAUUUGUAUCAAAGUUUUGUUAAUUUCUGUAAAUCGUGUAUUUAAAACAUUUAAUAAAAUAUUUUCCAGGAACA